GAAAAAGCUUGACAUUCCUCAAUUCUGCAGUCCCUCUCUCCCCAGUCCAGCCCUGCCCUGCCCCACACCCCACCACAAAAAAAAAAACAGCAACAUCUCUUGGCUGCCCCUGCAGCCAGUUUUCAAUUCCAUUCAGCCAUUGACUCCUCUUGAGAUCUCACUGCACCCUCCACAUUUUCUGCAUUUACAUCAAUGCCCUCACCUCCUGCCUUUCCACGCUAGGAGUAUUUCCAGACAGGCCCAAAACGUAUACGUAUUUGCGAAGACGGGCCCGGCUGGAGAAGAAAACCUGCAGCGCCCUCGAAUUCUGCAGCCUGCGCCGCCCUUGCUGCCGUAAUCUCCUCCUCGUCGUCUUCUUCGGCUUCGGAUACGAUACGAGUCUUCCCGGCCCCUGCGCUCCGCUACAUUCUCGACGAAGCUCCUCUCCAUUGCGCUAGAUCGGUGGAGAGAGAGAGAGAGAGAGAGAAGAGAGAGAGAGGGGAGAGCAGGAGCAGGCAGCCCGUACGGCGGUGCGGCGUACGUAUCCCAGCCCACCGGCACGGGGCCGCGUUUACGGGGUGCGCGGUACCACGCACGGGCCCUUUUUCUGGUGCGCGCCCUCAAUGCGCUCUUGAUACCCCCCGGCUCCAGGUCCUCCUCGAUCCGCUUCUCCUGCUCCUGGCCGCCGCGCCUACCUGGAGCGGCAAGCGGGAAGAGCGGUGGGGAGCUCGGCAUUUUGAUCCGGUUUUCCGCGCGCUUCAUCCGCCCGCUGCGAUCUCUGGAAGGAUUCUUGGGAGGUCCUGUGUGUGACUACUGGAUCCUCCACCAAGCUUCAAGUUCCAGGAUCCAUUCCUCUGUAUUGAGCAAGCUCUACACCUCUGUAGAUUAUCAGCCUGAUUCACAACUUGCUGCAAGAAUUCGACUGCAGAUGGACCAAGGAAGCGCGGCUGACGCCAUUCCUGGUUUGAGGGCUUCUGUUGGUGUUUCGAGCUAGCUUACUCAUUUUUUCCUCCUCAAAGUUCCAAUUCAACAUGUGGUUUCUAUGGAUCCAGACAUCCAAAGUUGGAAUCUGAUCACUCAAGUCAGCGCUUCUUAGCUUCCUUAUUUGCCAUUAUGGAGGAGCAGAACUCAUGGCUUAGGACCAAGUUCUCCCAUACUGUCUACACUAGAGUGGAUCCUCGAAGAGUAGCUGUUGCUCCAGUUGGCAAAGAUAUGGUGCUACCUUUUGCUCCGCUUAGCAAGGAUGUUGAGCGGAAACUGCAGAAAUUUGUCAAUAUGAAGAAGUCUGUAUCAAUGCCUGUUGAUCGAGAUGAUGAAGAUACAGGGACUGCAUUCAAGCACUGCGCUAGCUUGCCACUAGUCCGAUCCCCACUUCAGCUUGAUAGGGACAAGGUCAACAAGCCCAAGAGGUCGAGUUUGGAGAUUCCUUCAAGCCCCCCAAUGAACUCAGAGAGUUGCAAGACUCCAAAAGCAAGGAGCCUGGUCAAGAGCCCGAGUUCGAUGAUGCUCCUAAGUUACUUGAACAAGGCACCCUCAAAUCAAGGCUAUAGUCCGCAAAAGGCUUAUGGACCUCAGCCCAAACCGAGAUCAAAGUCCCCCCUUCCUAGUAUUGUACCUUCUGGGGUUUUCAAGGAAGCAAAGUCUAGCAGCCAGAGGUUUGCGAGCCCUCCUCCACAGCGAAGAGGAUCUGAAAAGAGUAUAUAUGGCAAAUCAUUUGGUAGGCAGGUCUCUGAUAUGGGUCAAAGUCCUGAUUGGUGCUCAACUCCAGUGGUAUCUGGUAAGCACAAGUCUCAAAAGGACAAUGCUUGGACAAGGAAAUACAGUGGUGGAAGGAGGGUUAGUGCAGUGAACCCUGCUGAUGAUCGAAGAGCACAGUUGGUUAGAAUGAACCAGGCGGUGCAGACGACAGUUGAUUGGACCCUUGUUCCAUCCAAGCUGCUCGUUGGGCACAGGUUUGCUAGUGGAGCGUAUAGCCGGCUGUACAAGGGGUUCUAUGAUGAUAAGCCAGUUGCAAUUAAAUUUAUCCGCCAACCUGAUGAUGACGACAAUGGGAAGAUGGCAGCAAAGCUUGAGAAGCAGUAUAACAGUGAGAUCAAUUCAUUGUCUCACCUGUACCACAAGAAUGUGAUCAAGCUUGUAGCAGCCUAUAAAUGCCCACCAGUUUUUUAUAUUAUUACCGAGUUCCUUCCUGGAGGCUCAUUAAGGUCAUACCUAAAUAAUACAGAGAACCACCCCAUCCCUCUGGAGAAAACUAUAUCCAUUGCUCUCGAUGUUGCCCGUGGUUUGGAGUACAUACAUUCUCAAGGGAUUGUUCACCGUGACGUUAAGCCCGAGAACAUUCUCUUUGACGAGGACUUCUGUGUGAAAAUUGCUGAUUUUGGUAUUGCCUGUGAGGAGACUUUAUGCGACAUGCUUGUGGAGGAUGAAGGCACUUACAGGUGGAUGGCACCUGAGAUGAUCAAGCAAAAGGCAUACAACCGAAAGGUGGAUGUCUACAGCUUCGGACUGCUCAUGUGGGAAAUGGUGUCUGGUAGAAUUCCUUACGAGAACCUGACCCCUUUCCAGGUGGCUUAUGCAGUAGCCAACAGGAACUUGAGGCCAACAAUUUCUCCAGAAUGUCCAUCGGCCCUCAGACCCCUGAUUGAGCAGUGCUGCGCCUUGCAGCCUGACAAGAGGCCCGACUUCUGGCAGAUUGUGAAAGUCCUGGAACAGUUCCACUCCAUUGUCUCACAGGGUGGCUGCCUUGAAACACCAAAGAGCGGCACCUGCCAGGACCCCAAGAAGCGGCUCAUGCAGUGGAUUCAGAAACUGAAACCGACGCAUAGCACCUGAGUAACCAAAGCUCUCAUAGUUAUAGCAUCGUUGCAGCCGUAGUUUUUGUCAGGUUGGGUAUGCUCAGUAGUUUAGACCUGUUAAGGAUCCUUGAUUCAAGGAACCAGUAUUCUAAGGAUGCUCGUAGCUGUUUAUCUGCUGAUCUGCAAUAUAGAUCUCACAGUAGCUGUACAUGGUUAUGCUUUUGUAAUUUUCUUCUCCCUUGUUAAAUUUACCUCCAGGUUAUUCUCAUGAUAACAUAGCAUGUGCCCCUCACUCGUUGAGGUGAAAUAUAAAAUGGCAAAAGGAAAAGCAUAUGCAGAGUUGACUCUUGA